UGAAAUGCACCGGGCACUGGUGGCCACACAGAUCCCCAGGGCGUGGGCCCGUGUAGGAUUCGGGGGGUCCCCAAACGACGACACCGAAGCUCUGGCGGACGGUUCCCAGGAAUUUGCCUGGGGCAGUCGGCGGGGUGGCCGGGCCAGCGCCAGGCGGCGGUUUCGGGAUGACUUGGUGCAGGACAGUUUGAGUGUGUUCCAUAGUUCUGGAAGGUCUGAGUUUCCUUGGCUUCUCAAGAUCUCAGUGUUACUCUUAGGACUUGGCAUUGUUGUAUUUCUACUCAGAAGUGUGGAGUUCAGUAGCCCCAAGCCAGAGCUCCCUCAUUCUGCUCUGCCCGACCAGAUCCCGAAGCUUCUACCUGAGGAACGACUCAAGAACCUCUUUACCUACGAAGGAAUCUGGCUCUUCCCGAAAAACCAGUGCAAAUGCGAUGCUACCUCACAGCCGGGAAGCUACAACUUUCAGGAUGCCUAUGACCAGACUGAGCUCCCAGCGGUGAAAGCAAGGAGACAGGCUGAAUUUGAACACUUCCAGAGGAGAGAAGGGUUGCCCCAUCCACCGCCGCUGCUGGCUCAGCCCAACCUCCCCUUUGGAUACCCAGUCCAUGGGGUAGAGGUGAUACCCCUGCAUACAGUUCCCAUUCCAGGUCUCCAGUUUGAAGGACCAGAGGCCCCCAUCUAUGAGGUCACCCUGACCGCUUCUCUGGGGACACUGAACACCCUCGCUGACAUCCCAGACAGUGUGGUCCAGGGCAGAGGCCAGAAGAGGCUGACCAUUUCGACCAGUGACCGGAAGCUUUUGAAUUUCAUCCUCCAGCACGUGACUUAUACCAGCACGGUGUACCAGCACCGCAGGGUGGAUGUGGUGAGUCUGGAGUUCGAGUCCUCGGUGGUCCAGUUUCCAGUGACCAUCCGCUAUCCUGUCAUCCCCAAGUUAUACGACCCCGGACCAGAGAGGAAGCUCAGAGACCUGGUGACCGUUGCCACCAAAACCUUCCUCCGUCCCCACAAGCUCAUGACCAUGCUCCGGAGCCUUCGUGAGUACUACCCAGACUUGACAGUGAUCGUGGCCGAUGACAGCAAGGAGCCUCUGAAGAUUAAUGACAACCAUGUGGAGUAUUACCCCAUGCCCUUCGGGAAGGGCUGGUUUGCUGGUAGGAACCUGGCCAUCUCUCAGGUCACCACCAAAUACGUUCUCUGGGUGGACGACGAUUUCCUCUUCAACAACGACACCAAGAUUGAGGUGCUGGUGGAUGUCCUCGAGAAAACAGAAUUGGACGUGGUAGGUGGCAGUGUACUUGGAAAUGUGUUCCAGUUUAAGCUGUUGCUGGAGAAGAGUCAGAAUGGGGACUGUCUUCACCGGAGGCCAGGCUCUUUCAGAACCCUGGAUGGUUUCCCCCGCUGUGUGGUGACCAGUGGCGUUGUCAACUUCUUCCUGGCCCACACGGAGCGACUCCAGAGAGUUGGCUUCGACCCCCGCCUACAGCGGGUGGCUCACUCAGAGUUCUUUAUCGACGGGCUCGGGAGCUUGCUCGUGGGGUCAUGUCCGGAAGUGAUCAUAGGUCACCAGGCCCGGUCUCCGGUGGCCGACCCAGAGCUGGCCGCACUGGAGAAGACCUACAGCGCAUUUCGGACCAACACCAAGGAACAGGUCCAGUUCAAGCUGGCACUCCACUACUUCAAGAACCAUCUCCUGUGCUCUUCCUGAAGGCGCCUGGGCAUCAGAAAAGCUCUAGGCUUACUGGGGUUGGGUACCUAAGACAGUGGAACUGGGGGUGGGUACCUAAGACAGUGGAACUGGGGGUGGGCCACCUGAUGAGAUGAAGGAGGACAAGCUAGUGGGUGGGGCAGAGGGUGGGGCUCAGUUACUACAAAUACCCACCAGAGGCUCAUUAGAAAUGGACUAGUCCUGGGGCCACUGGGUGGCUCAGUGGGUUAAAGCCUCUGCCUUCGGCUCACGUCAUGAUCCCAGGAUCCUGGGAUCGAGC